UAUGCAGCUAUCCUUUGUUUACCAACUCGCGCGCCAUCAAACAGAAGAAGGGGAAGGUUUGCCGCUUGCUAGCGUGUGGCUAACAGUAGAAGUAUCGAAGCAAUUUUCUGUGCUGUUGACAAUUUGAAGUCGCCGUAUCUUCGUUUUGUUAGUUUCCCUUCGUUUGAUGGUCAUAUUCAGAACGCGGAAAAAAGGUAAGUUGGGGAUUUUGCCCCGGAAAUCAAGGCUGUGAACGUUAGCAUUUGGAGUGUUCUGACCAGAACGCUGCACAUGCAAAAGGUACAAAUGGAUGACCUGAACGACGAGAACCUCCAAAAGAAACCAGUGGUUAUUUUGACUCGACUCGACGAGUUUACGCUCAGUGCGCUUCAGCCGCCGACACCCCAGCAGUUCGACAGCGAAGCCGAUUCGGCCGGCAGCUCCGACUCCGACAUGCUAUGGGAACCAGGAGACGAUUCGGGGGACUCGAAUUUUGGGGGCAAAAAGAAAACUCCGCACAAACACAAAAAGGCGAAUGAAGCGAAAGCGCAUUCGCCGUUGGUGAGCAUCAAUAACAACAGCGCCAGCAACAACAGCCACAGCACUAACAACAGCAGCGUCUGCAGCAACGACUGCAGCAGUGGCAGCAACAACACCAACAAAGUUGGCGAAGCAUCCCCCAUCAUAGUGUCUGCAGUGUUUGCCAGUAACUCCAAUGAAACGAGAAAAGUGCGGCCUGAUUUGCCAGAGGUGGAGAUUGGGUUGGACAUGGAGGUCCUGGCCAGGCGGAGAAUCAUGAGGUGGCAACAAGGCAAGAUAGUAGAGAUAAUUAACAAGGACGAUGGACGAGUAAAGUACAAAGUGAUUUUUAAUGAGAAGGGGAAAAGCUUGGUAUCAGGACAUCACAUCGCGAAGAAAACCAACCCAAAGUUGGACCAACUGUACGUCGGAGCCCGAGUUUUAAUUCAGUCUCCAGAAGAUGAGCAGUGCUUCCUACCUGGACUUUUGGCUGAGCUCCCCAGCAGAAAGAAUCGCUUAAGGUUUCUGGUGUUUUUGGAUGAUCACACACCAGUUUAUGUCAGCUUACCGUCACUUUAUCUCAUUUGCAGACAAAUGGAAGAUCCUUUAGGGGACCUUGUAGAUGGUCCACACAAGUUAUUCAUGGAACAUUACUUGAGGAGCUGGCCGUAUCCACACCUAACCCACUACAAAGAGGGACAAAUCCUUAAAAUAGAACUGAAUGGAGUCCAUCAGAAGUGUCAAGUUGAGUCGGUCGAUUGCAGCUUGAUGAAGGUUGUUUUUGAGGAAAACGGGGAGAUGGACUGGAUCCACAGAGGCUCCCUACGACUGGAGCACAUGUCCAAGUUCUUGGAGUUGAAGCAAAAUCAAGAACCCAAGGCAGACAAUUGACUCUAAAUGGCCUAUACAUUUUUACAGAAAGAGGACAUUAAAUACAAAAAAAGAAAAAAA